AUGAUUGAAUAUAAUUAUUUAAGAUUUCUAUCAUUACCAAAUUUUUUUGGGUUCUAGUAAUUAAAAUAAAACUCAAUAGUUAUUUCAAAUAGGGAUCUUCUUCUUUAAGCAAAAGAAAGUACAGAUGUUGCGAUAAUCUUUGAGAAUAGUCUUUCAUACUUUAUUAUAAUAAUUAUCCUUAUUAGUCAGUGUUCUUGCCAUCUACUUAUUAUAAAUUAUGAAAAUUUAUCAAAGAUGAAAAAUAGAAUUUCUUCAAAUACUCUAAAAAACUGUUUUUUAGUUAUUCAUCACAAUCAAUUCUCUGAUUUUAAUUGGAUAACAUGUACUAAAUAAAAUAACCUAUUGAGUACGUACAGACUGAAUAAACUAUUAAUUUUCAUUCGAUAGCAUUUGCUACAAACGAGUCUAAAUAUACUAAUAUUCUUAUUUUGCUACUUGAAACUAUACUUCCUAGUCAGUAUUGUUGUACUUUUGUUCUAAUUCUUUUAUAAAUUGAUUGGAUUAUUGCUGUUCUUCAACAAUCAAAAAUUGUUUGAAUUAUUAAAGUUGUUUUAUUUUAUUUUGUAAUUUCUCGACAGCCAUCACUUCUGCAUAUGUUUUGGCUGUUCUCUCAAGCUUAUUAUAGAGUAGAAUAUUAAUCAAUGGUUGACAAGGUUGUUCCUAAAUCUAUUGCUCAUCUUUCUUCCUAUAUUAUUUUUUAUUUUAUGA